AUGAGGUUGUGUUUAUUUGGAAUAGAUGUCAUUGGUCUUUUAACUUCAGUGGGAGAAGAGAAAGAAUAUGCAAAAGAGGUAAAAAUUGUAAAAAUGAUUGUGCUGGAAUUAACUUCAAAAGAUCUUACAGUGCAAUGUGCAUUAUUUGGGGACUAUGUUAAUCAAGUAAAUCAUUUUCUUGCCUCUGGCUUUGUGGAGCAGCCUGUUGUAGUCAUUCAACUUGCAAAAGUCAAGUUCUUUAGGAAUACAUUAUUUGUUUUCUGUCAAGUAGGCCAUCAAAAUGUGAUGUAUGCCACUCAAAUGUUAUUUAAUCCUGAUCUUCCUGAAGUUGUUGAAUUCAGGCAGAUUAUGGUUGAGCAAGGUGUCAAUGGUACCCAGCCACUCUUUAUUGCAAAUGAUGGUGAAGUUGUCACCUUAGAAGAUGAUUUCAUGCAUUUAACUAGAAAAUACACUAUUGAAGAGUUUCAAGAUAACAAUGAGGAGGGUUCUUUUAUCAUUUUUGGUACAAUCCAAGGUAUUGUUGAGGAUGGAGAUUGGUGGUAUUCUGGUUGUGUGUGUGGAAAGGGUAUCUAUCCUCAAAAUGGUGCAUAUUACUGUGAUUUUUGUUUGAAGCACAUAACUAAUGUGACUCCAAGAUUUAAAAUUAAAAUAACAGUUAAAGAUCAUAGUGAGGAGGGUAUUUUCCUUCUCUUUGAUCAUGAGGCAUCUUAUUUGCUUAAGAAAUCAUGUGCUGACUUGUUUACUGAGGUUCAAAGAGAUGCAAGUCUUGUAUGUGGGAAUACUUAUCCUCCCAUAUUCCAAGAGCUCAUUGGAAAGAAGUUACUGCUAAAGGAGCCUGAUUUUCACAAAUCUGUUCCCUGUGGAGAAGAGGAUAUUGGUAUUAAGAAGGAGUCAUCUAAGACUUUUAUCAAAAGUGAGAAAGUUGCUGGGACUGAGUUUGCUGCCUUAAUUAAUGGUGAAGAUGAAAAAGAUGAGAAAACACCCAGCAAUGAUACUGUUAAUGAUGAUCUUUCUGCUGAACUGGAUAUAUUGCUUAGCUCACCAGAAAAAGAAACUCAGGAGGUGUUGUCCCACGUUUUUUAUGCAACUUCCCAAUAUGGAGAGAAGCUUAUUCAUGAAAAUCAUGUUGUCACCUCCAAGGGCAAGAGGAAUUUGAAUCUCCAAUUUGAAGAGGCGGCUGCUGAUGCAGAUGAGCGUGGGUUCAAGGUUGCCAAGGUUAAUGGAGUUUGA